AGAAAUAUCCCGAAAGCAAAUCUACAUAAUUAAAUAUACUGCUGAGUUCGUUCUUUGCCGUAAACCAACAUCCCAGUCGUGUCAACUCAAUUUGCAGACACCUUGCCCAGUCCAUUGAUAAAGCUAACUAACAUGAUUCCAAUGCGCCGGCUAGGUAACCUGGCUUAUGCUGCGGUGCGCGGGAGGCAGCACAUCCGCCAUGGCAUCCUACGGCAGUCAUUCGCGACACGCGCUGCUGCAGCAUCUCAGGAUGGCUCGAUCCCAGGAGCACCAGUCAGCGCAGAGGCUCCAUCCAGGCCACCGCCCCGUGCACACAGCACGGCCAAGGCCACGGAUGCCAUGCGCCUGUCCACCGGCAAGCGCACGCACCUGCACGGCACCGCCACGCUCCGCCACUUCUUCCCCGACGCCGCGUCCGCCCUGCUGUCGGCCAAGCAAGGCAGCCAGGCCGUGACAGUGCACCGACGCCUGGUUGACGGGGGCUUGAAGGGCUACCACGUCCUGCUGUCGCACAAGCUGUCUGCCACCUCGGCGUCAGGGUCGUCCAGGCUGCUGCUGUCAGGCCUCACGUACUUGCUGGCGGACACCGGGCUGCAGCCGGGCGGCUACGUGCGGCUGGCCUGGGGCCCUGAGGUGGCGGUUGCGGAGGGCGGGCAGCAGCAGCGCCUGGUCCUGGUGGAGGUGGCGCCGGAGCUGGAGCUUGAGAAGGAGCAGGAGGAGGAGAAGGAGGAGGUCGUGUCCCAGCCGGCACAGGUCGGCCCCGCCAGCCCCGCCGCCGCUGCAACCGCCCAAGCGCCUGCUGCUGUGCCCCUGCCCCCUGCUCCCGCCUAUGACCCGCUGUUCACGGACACGUUGCGGCUGUCGAUGGGGCGGCGCAACCGACUCAACGGCCGCGUGACGCUGCGCACCUUCUUCCCUGAGGCCACGCAAGCGGUCAUAGCAGCCCAGGGCGGCAGCGAGACCGUGCAGCUGCACUGCCGCUUGGAGGGCACUGGCGGCCUCAAGCGCUACGACGUGCUGCUCUCCUACACCUCAUCGAAAUCAGGGAACAAUGUGGUGCUGAGCGGCCUAAAGCGAUUCAUGGCGGAGACAGGGCUGCCGCCGGGCGGCUAUGUGCGGCUGGCGUGGGGCCCGGAGGUGGCGGACGUGGAGGGUGGGCAGCAGCAGCGCCUGGUCCUGGCCGAGGUGGUGCAGUAGUAGUUGCCGCGCCCUCGUGAGCGCCCUUGCGUUGGGAUGGAGUGAGACAUUGGAACACGCGAGGGUUGGGGCAUGUACUCAGGAAGCAGAUAGUGAGCUUGUGUAUAUAUAAGGUGGUGCUGUUCUCUCCGCGGUGGGAAGAGUUACACUGGUGCAGGCCCGCCACUGCCCGCCCGUACCGGUCUCGCGGGCGGGGGAUAACGUGCCUUUGGCCUUUGGGAACCCCAACGGAACUGCCUCGCAGUGUAGGCAGAUUAGCUGCUUUAUGUUAAAUCAACUUAAUACCCAAGAGUAAUCAACGUUUCAUACAGAAGCCUUUUGUCAGCAUGAAGCUGUCGCGGGCUAAACGACGGAAGAAGUGCCGUGAAGUGGAUUUAAGAACUACUAUAC